AUGUCUGCUUCUUUGGACGGUUAUUAUAUUGGUGUUGAUGUGGGCACUGGGUCGGCUAGAGCGUGUUUGAUUGAUUCUACGGGAACUAUUGUUGCUCUGGCUGCUAAAGACAUUUCUCGUUGGUCUCCUAAGAGUUCGUACUGGAACCAAUCGUCGACCCAGAUUUGGGAUUCCAUCUGCUAUUGUACCAACAAAAUCGUUGCUGAUGCCCAGAUCGAUCCUAAUCUGAUCAAGGGUAUCGGGUUCGAUGCUACCUGUUCUUUGGUGGUGAUUCAUGAAAAGGAGGACAAACCGGUGGGUGUGGGUCCUGAUUUCGAUAAUCAUGAUCAGAAUGUGAUUUUGUGGAUGGAUCAUAGAGCCGAGAAACAGACGAAAGAAAUCAACAAAACUGGUCAUAAUCUACUUCGAUAUGUCGGUGGUGGAAUGUCGGUUGAAAUGGAGAUUCCUAAAGCCAAAUGGUUGAAAGAAAAUAUGCCAAAGGGUGUGUUUGAUCAGUGUAAAUUGUAUGAUUUGGCUGAUUAUUUGACUCAUAGAGCCACUGGUUCAGAAACUAGAUCGUUUUGUUCGGUGGUUUGUAAACAGGGUUAUGUUCCAGUAGGUGUUGAUGGCAGUGUUAAAGGCUGGUCCGAAGAGUUCCUUAAUACAGUCGGUCUGCCUGAACUUGUAGAGGACAAUUUCCGUCGCGUUGGUGGUGUUAUUGGCCAGAAUGGCCAGUACUUGUCUGCUGGUGAAACUAUUGGUCAUUUGACUGAAAAAUCAGCCAAAGAGUUGGGUUUGUCUAAAUCCAUUGCUGUUGGUAGCGGUGUCAUUGAUGCCUAUGCUGGUUGGAUUGGUACUGUAGCCUCGAAAUUUGGUCCUGAUGAUAGUAAUGAUAUUAUCGAAAGUUCUGAUGUCGCUUUUAACCGAUUGGCUGCUGUAGCUGGUACUUCGACCUGUCAUUUAGUCAUGUCCAAGGAUGCUGUAUUUGUUCCUGGCGUGUGGGGUCCUUAUAAGAAUGUCAUGAUUCCUGAUAGAUGGUUGGCUGAAGGUGGUCAGUCCACUACUGGAGAAUUACUUCACCAUGUUGUUACUACACAUCCUGCUUCUGAUGAACUUAAGACCAUUGCUGAACGAAUGGGCGUCAGUACUUUUGCCGUGUUGAAUAGUACACUCGAGCAAAUGGCCAAAGAUCAAGGUGUUCCAUCGGUAGUCUACUUGGCCAAACACUACUUUUUCUACGGUGAUUUGUACGGUAAUAGAUCGCCUAUUGCUGAUUCUUCUAUGAGAGGAUCAAUUGUCGGUGAAAGCAUGGAUGUUUCUCUCAAUGCUCUGGCCAUCAAGUAUCUGGCUGCUGUUGAGUUUAUUGGUCAACAGACCCGUCAUAUCAUCGAAGCCCUUAAUAAAGCUGGUCAUCAAGUCAAGGAAAUCUAUCUUUCCGGUGGUCAAUGCCGAAACACACUUCUUACCCAGCUCAUGGCUACCUGUACUGGUAUGCCAGUUAUUAUUCCUAAAUAUAUUGAGGCUUCAGUCGUUCUAGGUGCUGCUAUGUUGGGUGCCAAGGCUGCUUCCGAGGGUAAACUCACUCUGUGGGAAGUCAUGUCCAAGCUCAGUGGCAAAGGCUCAGUAAUUGAACCUCAAGCAACCGAUUCCGUCGACUACAAGCUUGUUCAUGCCAAAUAUGAGAUUUUCCUCGACCAGGCCGAGCGUCAACGUAAGUAUAGAAAGAUUGUUGACGAAGCUCUGGGAGAGAACGAAUAG